CGGAAAGAGCUAAUUAUGUGGUGGGAUUUUUUGUUUAAAACGAGAGCUUUACUUGAAGAUGCUAAGAAUCGAGUAGAACACGAUUUCUUGGUGAAGUUAUGGGUUACCGAUAUGGUGGAAGUGCUUAAUGAUAUGGAGGAUAUAUUUGAUGAGAUAAUGGAUGCCAAUUUAUCCAGCCUAACUGCAGAAGUCCAAUGUGCCAACAAGCCAUGGAAACUCAUUCUUAAUUUGUUUAACAAGGUUUCAAGAUUUAUCCAUUACCGAAAUAAAGGGAUGACUUCCAAGUUGAAGGAUAUAGCUGCCAGAUUAAACGAUAUUCUUAUGAUAGCAGAGCCGUUGGGCCUCCAAAACAGAUUGGGAACUGGAGAUGAGACUGGUACUCUUCUACCUCUCUGUUUGAAUUUGCUACAGUUUUUCUACGUUUCUUAAAGCGUUUACAACGGGAGGGUUGCAUCAUGAAAAUUUAAAUUAUUUAUUUAAUCUCUAAAAAGUUAUUUUUAAAUAGAUUCUCAUCUCCCAUUCAUGGAAUCAAUAAAAACUCUUCCCAUUCAUGGAAUCAAUAAAAACUCUUCAAAAGUUACACAACCCAAAAAAUGUCUUAAUAAUAAUAUAAAAUUAUUGUAAUAAUAAAAUUUUUCUUAAAAU